AAAACCGUUUCGCGGCACGAGUCACGUACCCAUUUGGGUACGGUAGAUCCUUGGCCGAAGACCAGCAUCAAGAUAAAGUCAGUGGGAGCUGUGCCCCAGGAUGCGCGGGAACGGGUGGUGCCGUUAGUGGUGGACAACAACUCGUUGGAGGGACCAGCGAGCGGCGAGGAAGGGGGCCACGAAAACGGCCCCCGAAAGGGCCCGCUGGAUGGUCUAGCCCGCGAGCAGCCAUCAACGAGAUCUAGCUGGCAAGAGAGCGAGGACCGAUUGGCCGACACGCAGGAUUCCGAGACCGUCUUUGGCCCGGAACUGGUCACGGUGGACAUCGGACUGGGAUCCACCGGCGAACGUAUCGAGCUCGAUGAACGAAUCGGCAACGUUCAGAUCAAGCGGCCAGGAAGCCCGAUAGUAUUGACGAUCCAGGACGACGACGUUCCGAUCUCGGUGCAGCGCAAACGGCAAUCCGAGGGACCCAACGGCGCAGCGUUGGAGCUACAAUCGGCCGACGGGGACUCCGACGCGCGCUCGAAGCGUUCGGGGAAGACGUUGGACGACGACAACGACAACGAGGACGACGAGCUACCGGCUGCGAGGAGAAUCUGCGCGGCGCAUCGGCACAGAGUGUCCUGUCACGCAGCGCGGGCCCACGCGGAACCGCCCUGCCGAAGAGGCGCAAACCGAGGCCGGCCCUGCCGCGUUCAUGAUCACCAUCGGUACUGCUCGCGAGGGAAGUCGACGGAGAGACCGGAACAUCGGCAUCUGAGGUUCCACGAUCCGGAGAACGCCAUCGUUCGGUUGGAGCAGGACCCGAUACUUCAUCCGGUGCGCAUCCUCGGCUGUCCACCCGCGGAGGGCCAGGAGAUAUCCUCCUUCCUGGAACCGGCUGGGCCCAGCUACGUCUACACGUCGGGCCACAUCGGCGUGGGCCAGUUCGCCGGCGGUGAACCGUACUGCUUCGCUCUGCACAACCCGGACAAUAUUCUGCCCAAGAGCCGCGCCGGCAGUAUCGCCCGAUUCCUCGACGGACCGAAUCGCGCCGUGAGGGAGAUCAAUCGCAAGGUCCUGGCGAUGGCGCGCGCUAUGACGCCCGUUUGGUCCCUACGUCUGCUCGGCGUCAGCUGCGGCUCCGUGGUCUGCGCCUGGGGACUUUUGCUAAUACUGUCCGUGCUCGGUGGCACCUCGCAUGGCACGGGUAUCGGUAACUUCGGCCCCGAUAACAUGUCGGGCAAGAUGGAAGACUUGAACGGCGUCAGGUGCCCUUGGGCGUGUACGUGCGGCGGACAGGAGGUCGACUGCUCUCAUCGCGGACUCACGCAGAUUCCUGGUGACCUGGCGAGCUUGCUCAUCGCCGAAAAACUAGAUCUUCAAGGAAAUAACGUGUCGGUGAUAUUCAAGACGGAUUUCGAGGACAUGGCAACGCUCCACGUUUUAUUACUAUCCAACAAUCAAAUUCAUACCAUCGAAAGAGGCGCUUUUCAAGAUUUGGUGGCGGUGGAAAAGCUACGCUUAAACAACAAUCAGAUACGUCACCUGCCCGACCUCCUCUUCAGCAACAUGAUGAACUUAAAACGCUUAGAUCUCAGUCACAAUCAGAUUGCUACCAUCGGACCGAAGACACUGAGAGGAGUGUCCGCCCUCAGACAUUUAUUACUCGAGGACAACGUGCUGACGUGCAUAGACGAGGCUUCGAUACGAGAACUGAAAGAUCUAGAAAUACUAAUGUUGAACAACAACAAACUCGUAACGCUCGGCAAGGAGAUGCUGAACGGCUUGUCGCAUUUGCGGACUUUGAAGCUUGCGGAUAACGCUCUCGCUUGCGAUUGCCAUUUAGCAUGGUUAUCGCGUCAUUUGAGGACUUAUCCUCGCCUGGGGCAGCAUACGCGGUGUGCGUCUCCGGCUCAUCUCAAGGAUCGCAAUCUCGCGGAUCUGCAGGAGCACGAGUUCAAGUGUUCGGGCCUGGUCGAACGAACGGGUUCGGAAUGCAGCGCUGAGCCGCAGUGCCCGCAUCCUUGUAAAUGCGCCGAUGGGAUCGUCGAUUGCAGAGAGAACUCCUUGACAAAAGUGCCAACCCACCUUCCCGAGGACACCACUGAGUUGCGGCUGGAGCAGAACGGCAUCACGGAAAUUCCGCCCAAGGCUUUCUCGCCGUACAGAAAAUUGCGAAGAAUUGACCUGAGCAACAACCAGAUAAAAAAGGUAGCGGCGGAUGCGUUUCACGGAUUGAAGUCCCUCGAAUCUCUAGUUCUGUACGGCAACAAGAUAGCGGAGCUGCCGGCUGGUCUCUUUCAAGGCCUGACGAACCUGCAGUUACUGUUGCUGAAUGCCAAUGAGAUAUCAUGCAUACGAACGGACCUGUUCAAAGACUUAACCAGUCUCACUUUGUUGUCCCUUUACGACAACAAUAUACGUUCGUUAGCCGAUGGGACUUUCGCCAAUCUGCGAAGCAUCAAAACGCUACACCUGGCGAGGAAUCCGUUCAUAUGCGAUUGCAAUCUACGCUGGCUGAGCGUGUAUCUUCACGCGCACCCUAUAGAGACGUCCGGUGCUAAAUGCGAAAUGCCAAAGAGAGCGCAGAAACGAAAGAUCGAUUCGAUGCGGGACGACAAGUUCAAAUGUAAGGGUGACGAGGAGCUGCUGACAAAAAGGGCCGGCGAGUGCAUCCUGCCCGGUGCCUGCCCCGCGCCGUGCACGUGCAACGGUGCGACGGUCGAUUGCUCCAACAAGAGAUUAACUUCGAUACCGAAGGACCUGCCGCUUUACACGUCGACUCUGGUGUUGAACAACAAUGAACUGGACAAGAUCAAAGCGGACGGCCUCUUCGAGAAGCUGCCGGAGCUGCAGCAUCUGGACCUCAGGAAAAAUAAAAUCUCCCGCAUCGAAGCGUCCGCCUUUCAAGGAGCUCACAAUCUCACCGACCUGCUUUUGUCCGAGAACAGGCUGCGAGAAGUGCACAACAAGAUGUUCUCCGGCCUGCCGAGCCUUAAAACACUGAAUCUCCAUGGUAAUUCCAUUACGUGCGUUAUGCCAGGAUCGUUCGACGGGAUGCCGCACAUACGCGCCAUCAACAUGCAGGGUAAUCCGCUAUCGUGCAACUGCUACCUUGCGUGGUUCGCCGGAUGGCUGAGGAAACGGGACAUAGCUGGAAUCAGUGGCCGUUGUCACGAUCCGCCGCGAUUAAAGGAUGCCGUCAUCAAGGACAUUCCGCAUCACGAGUUCAAGUGCAACAACGACAGCGUGGGUUGCCUAGGCGACGAUUACUGCCCGCCUCAAUGUAAUUGCGCGGGUUCGGUGGUGAGAUGUUCGAGGUCUCAGCUUACAGAGAUUCCACGCGGGAUUCCACCGGAAACCACCGAGCUGUAUUUGGACGUGAAUGACAUCAAGACGAUCCAGCCGGAGCGGCUGAACCACCUGAGGAUUCUCACCAGACUGGAUCUGAGCAACAACCAGAUUGGAAUGCUGUCCAACGAUACCUUCAGGAAUCUCACGAAGCUGUCGCACCUAAUCAUCAGUUACAAUAAGCUGCAGUGCGUGCAGCGAAACGCUCUCGCGGGACUGAGGAACCUGCGGAUAAUCUCACUGCACGGGAACGACAUAUCGGUCAUCCCGGAGGGAGCAUUCGAGGACCUCAAGUCUAUAACGCAUCUCGCCCUGGGGUCCAACCCGCUUUACUGCGACUGCAGCAUGCGAUGGUUGGCCGAGUGGGUGAAGAAAGAUUACGUCGAGCCCGGCAUAGCCAGGUGCAUGGAGCCUCCCACGAUGAGGGACAAAUUGCUCCUGACGACGCCGGCCAGUGCCUUCCAAUGCAAAACCAAGCAACAGCCAGCCGAAGUCUUGGCCAAGUGCGACCUGUGUUACACCACGCCAUGCGAAAACGGAGGAUUUUGCGAGGCGCUUCCGGACCGGCAGUUCCGUUGCAAGUGCACGCCAGGAUAUCACGGGGACCGGUGUCAGCAUAAAAUUGACGCGUGCUAUGGAAAUCCUUGCAGGAACGCCGGAACUUGCAAAGUACUGGAGGAAGGAAGAUUCAGUUGCGACUGCGCCCCCGGCUACAAGGGACUUCGAUGUGAGAGCAACGUCGACGACUGCGCCAACAACAGGUGCGCUAACAACGCGACCUGCGUCGACCUCGUACAGGCCUAUCGAUGCGACUGCGCCCCAGGAUUCAUGGGAGAAUACUGCGAGGAGAAGAUACCCUUUUGCACAAAGGGGCACGACCCCUGCGAGAACGGAGGCCGAUGCGUCGACCACAAGACCCACUACAGCUGCGAAUGCCCGGUCGGCUUCACCGGUCUCAAUUGCUCCACAAACCUGGAUGACUGUGUCGAUCAUAUGUGCCAGAACGGUGCUACUUGCAUCGAUGGCAUAAAUAAUUACGAGUGUAAGUGCGCGGCGGAGUAUACAGGGAGGUACUGCGAGGCUGCACCCUCGACAGCCAUGCUGUAUCCACAGACCAGUCCGUGUGCCCACCACGACUGUCAGCACGGUGCCUGCUUCCAGCCCGCUCCCGCCUCCGCCGCGGACUAUCUUUGCCAGUGCCACCCCGGCUACACCGGAAAACGAUGCGAGUACCUGACGAGUCUGAGCUUCGUGGACAAUAGCUCGCUGGUCGAGCUGGAACCGCUACGCACGAGGCCCGAGGCGAACGUGACCAUCAUAUUCACGACCACGCAGGAAAACGGGGUUCUUCUCUAUGACGGGCAAAGCGAUGGGCACAUCGCUGUCGAGCUCUUUAAUGGGCGGGUCAGGGUUUCGUAUGACGUCGGUAAUUAUCCUACCUCGACGAUGUACAGCUACGAGAUGGUGGCCGACGGCAAGCCUCACAUGGCGGAGCUGUUGGCGAUCAAGAAAAAUUUCACGAUGAGGGUCGACCGGGGCCCCGCCAGGAGCAUCAUCAACGAGGGUCCGAAGGAGUACCUCAAGCUUGUCACGCCGAUGUUCAUCGGUGGCGUAGCGCCGGAAGUUGCUAAAGUCGCCUUCACCGAGUUUCAUCUGAGGAACAUUACGAGUUUCCAGGGCUGCAUCUCCGAGAUGUGGAUCAAUCAUAAGUUGGUAGACUUCAGCAAUGCCGCAAAGAUGCAACGCAUUACUCCCGGAUGUGCUGCUAGCGAGGAGGAGGCCGACGAGGCGAGAGAUAUUGUUGUAGCCGAGGGAAUUAACAAUAGCGGCGGUAACGAGGAGUCCAUGCCGCAAGAGCAUGUACCUCGCGAGCGCUCUGACAUCAUCGCGCCGGUAAUUGGACUGAUGCCCUCGCAUGCAUGUGUUGGACACGAGUGCAGAAAGGGAUCGCAAUGUAUACCAUCACCGUUUGGCAAUAACUAUUCUUGUCGAUGUCAAACCGGCUGGCAAGGACGAUAUUGCGAGAAGGCACCAACGUGUCGCAAGCAGCAUAUAAGGGAGUACUACAGCGAGAAUGGAUGUCGAAGUCGGCGACCUGUGAAGCUUGCUAAAUGUUGGGGAAGUUGCGGCAACUCCUGCUGUUUACCGCGGAAGACUAAACGGCGCAAGGUCCGAUUAAUUUGCACGGACGGCAUGCGGUACACCAAGGACGUCGACCUGGUGCGUAAGUGCACCUGCACCCGCAAGUGCUACUAGCCAGUCGACUACGCAUCGCGGCCCGAGUCUCGUCGGCGUGCGUCGAGACGCGGAGAGACCAGACCGAGAAGAGACCCCCGGAUCCGAAGUAGCACCCCCGCUCGCGCAGCCACGUGCCCUCGGAGAUGACGAAAGGAACGGCGGCGGGUCGGCGAGGGCUGCGAGGACCGCGCCCUCGGCGCCCCUCUUACGUGCGGCACCCUCAUACGAGGUGCACGUGGACGAGAAAGUGCGCGACGAAGUGCAGGCCAAAAAACUAGAUGGACACACACAUAGCCGGCUCAGUGUGAUAUGUAUUAUUAAAGAGAAAAGAGAGAGAGAGAGAGAGGAAGAGAGAAACCGCGAGCGAGAGAAAGAAAAAAGAGAAACAAGAGAAGCAAGAGUAUAUUGUACGUAUAUAUAAGCUAUGGACUAUCGAUAUCGAAGCAGUUAAACAUGUACUAGGUAUUAUUCGUAUAUAAUGACCCGAUAUAGGUAUAUUACACGACGCGGGAGGGUAGGAAGGGGCGAAAGGCGCGAGCGCGCGCGGACGAGACGCGUCCGCGUUCGCGAUAGCGGACCGCGCGCACGCGGGCGCUUGCGUGCCCGCAACGCUGUACGCACGAGUGCGUGCGAUUACGUCGUUGAUUUAGCGCGGAAUGGACCUAACUGGUAAUAGGGGAUUCGCGGCUGCGUGCAAACAGGCUUCCGUAAUCUUCUUAUGGGAUAUACCCGCGCCGCUUUUUGUUUAAUACGCCUCCCCGCGAUCGCGGCCGUAAUGCCCGCCGAGGUUUCGAGCCCGUAACGCAACGCAACGUCCGGACGAUCUCUCGGCUCGGCUCGACCACCCCUUCUUUCGAAAGUCAUUAUCCGAAGUCAGUAUAUCGCGAAAACGCGUUAGAACGAAUUAACGUGCUUGCGAGAUACUUGAAGUUUCGCAAUUCGCCGCUUAUCCAGAGCGGACCGGAAAUUAUUCACAAACCAGUGCAAUAUCGUGGUCACGGAAGUGGCGGCGCUCUGCUGGGCGGCCUCCCCUAUUAAAGAGUUUAUUGAAGCUACUCGAAGGUGACUUGCGUUUUUAAAUCCGACCGCGACCGGAUAAUGAAGAUUGACCAUAGCUUGAUCCCGUCAUCGUUAGGUCCAUUUCCCACCGAGCGAAAUUUUUACCACUGAACCACGCGAAUCUUCGAUCGCACAGCUGUUUCUACCCACCGAGAGGACGACGAUCGUUGAACCUUUGCACGGGAACGAUACAUCCGCGAGGAUAAACGAGAAACGUGUUUGCGAGGGUAAGCGCGAAUGGCUGCGAAUAUUUUACGUUUUCGCUGCAGAUUCCUUGGUUUUGGCGAUCGGGACAUUUCGCUUGUACGAUACACGCACUUGCGAGCAGCAGCAUCGUUAUAUAAGUAGCCAAUAAACCUGAGCGAGCGAGGCGAAGGGGAGGACCGGAGAACCGGCGGCGUGUUUCUUGCCUCUUUCAUCAGUCUGGUUGCAGUGCUGCUAAUUUAGCGUUCCAGUUAUCCACUUUAACACUGCACAAUCCUUAGCUAGUAGCAACGACACAUUAGGCCGCUCGUAAAUCGUACACACGAUGUUCCGAGGACAAGCCGUUUUUCAAGAGUUGACACGUAAGAUUACAAGUGUGCGAAUAGAUCGCAGAUAGGUGUUUAAAUGUAUAAAGUAUAAUUAUAUAUUUCGAGCGUGGAAGCAACUUAAUGAAAUGAUGAAAGAAAAAGAGUACGCCGUCAACGUCUUCUUCAUCUCACCUCACCGUGACAGCAGCAGUGGGAAUGCGGCUGAACUUUUGAGAGAGCCAAGAAAUCGCGCCGCCAACGCUAAACCGCCAAGAGACGAGCUGCAUCGCGGAUCUCGAGGGGCGCGCUUCGAAUUUUUCACUUUACGGCCUAAUAUCCGUUUUCGAGAUGCGAGAUGCAGCCACCGAGAUGUAAGAAGGGGGAGAGAUCACUCGCGAGCGUUCGCAUCCGACUACAAUUUCGAUGUCGCGAACGAUGAUAGGCGAGGAAACGAAUUAUUACGACGAGCGGAACAAUGCGAGUAUGCGUUCGAUCGGUCGAUGCGCGAAAAACAAAAAGAGGAACGUACGUAACUCCGUGUCACGGAUCGACAAAUUUCGAUCGGUAAUCCGGAACGGGGUUCCGCCGAUGCAAAAGACCGCGUAAUUAUUUUUCUAUAAGCGUAUUAUUUAUAUCUAAGCUAAUUUGUUAUUAAUAAGUUUAAUCCAGGAGCGCAAUUCGUUCGUACUACUUAAGCCUCUAUUAAUAACGUAUGACGUAUCGAUGCGUAUACCUACGCUAUAUCUAUUUAUGGUAUAUCUAUUCAGCCCCCCUCCCCUCCCCCCCUGCCCCGGGAAACUGCAUCGCAUCUUCCACUGCCAGUAUUUAUGUGUAUUUAUUCCGUUUCUUUUUUCCGUUUUACUUACGACGACGUUAUACAUUUGGAACUGUUCUCGAAACGCACACACACACGUUCGAAGACACAUUAACUGGGAGGCGAGCCGAAUAAUGAGCGCUCCCGACGUGCUCCGCUGUCAUCCUUCACGAUUUCGACGCGAUCCUGCCACUCAGUCGUGCGCCAAAGUUCGCACCGACAAAGUAUCAAUCGUAGGGCUCAAUGGUAGGCGUAGCCUCUGGAACAGCCGCCGAAACCGAGCCGUCGAAAACGGUUGCACGACUGUAGCGUACGUACCUCCUUUCCGGAAUUUCACUGCCACCACACGACAACUGCCCGACAACUGCCGACACUGUGACCGUGCAACCAGCGUUUCUCUCGAGUGUUCCCGUGAAUGAAGAAACUAUCACGGAGAAGAUAUUUAUCUCUGACAUAUUUUUUUACAUUUUUUACUUAGUUUCCCUCCCCCUGCCCCAGUUGCACGAAAGGUAUAUUUAUUUUGGUGCAAUGCGAAAGUAUAGAGAAAUAGCGAGAAAGUCCAUAAGCCGUAAACGUGUACACGCGCGUGGCGAUACAUCCACUAUCGAUUGACAGGACCGAAGAUCGUCUUUAUAUUUUUCUUCUUUGUGUAUUUAUCUUAAUGGGGAAAUAGGCGUAUCACGAUCGCAUAAGUAACACGAAGUAUGAUUUUUCUUUUAUAGUAUUAGUAAUCGCGUAAGUUCCCUAUGCCUCGAUGCAACGGUUUGAUCGUCGGCGUUUGAUUAGUCUCAUCUUCAAAUUUCUUCGAGACGCUCAGCGUCCCACCGAAGCCGAACAGACUUUGUAACGCAAUUCUGUACACUUGGUCCAACGAAAUAUAAAUAAACAUAUGCAAUCGAU